AUGCUUUCGCCGCGUCGUACCACCAGGAACCGCUGGGAGGAGGCGUUGAUGAGCAUGCCUGGCGCACCUGCGUACCAUUUCGUCACCGACGAGCAGCUUGACAAGAUGUUCUUAAGUUUGGGAUGCAAACCGUCCGAGCUUGCCGCACGGCGUGCGGAUUAUGAUAAGCGGAUGGAUUCCAUGUUGGAUCUAACCGGGGGAAAGAUCCCCUUCAUCGGUGCCAAGCCGGUUGCGGGUGAACGCAUUCAUAUUUUCACCAUUACAAACGACCAUCUUGCAAUACGCCUUUGGGAUGGAGGUUUGCAAGAUGAUGGCCAAUUCCUUCUUGACUUGGUCGAUUCUAGAACAAAGAAACCUGUCAACUCCCCCGCAGGAUACAAGAUUUACGUUCUUCCCCGUGUCGGUCGCAUGUUGGGCAUCCCCGGUCCACUCAUGUCUUGGGAAGUGGCUACGAAUAUCCCACGCAAGGAUAUCAAGGAUGGGGAGGAGAGGUUUAGUGUACUGGAGGGCAGUCCGUGCAUGCUGCGGCGUCCUGGGAAGGAUGAUUUCUUCUUCGCGGUACCUGACAGAGCGAGGGACCCCCUGCCGGGUAUGCAGCUCGCUACUCCUAUCAUGAGCUGGCAACAGUGA